GCGUGCUCCUUCAGCAGCUCUCUGCCUGCUCAGCCGUGACAGGGAGCCCGCGCGCGGCCGCCUGACUCCGCGAGGCUAAACACGGGUUAAACACGGGCGCUGCCCCCAAGGCUGAGCGACGCGGGCCGCCAACCGCCGCCUCGGCCGCCCGCUCUCUGCCGACGCGGCACGCUCGUUGCCCGGGCAGCGGCGGCGCAGGCGGAGGUUUGUGUAACUGAACUUGAAAAGACCAUGCCUCUUCCAGACACCCUGUUUUGUGCUCAGCAGAUCAAAAUCCCACCUGAGCUACCAGACAUUAUGAAACAAUUCACCAAAGCUGCUAUUAGGACUCAGCCUCCUGAUGUUUUGCAGUGGUCAGCUGCGUACUUCACAGCAUUGUCAAAAGGUGAGCCCCUUCCAGUGAAGGAGAGGAUGGAAACACCUUCAGCAAAACAGAAAAUGGAUGCUGGUUUGACCCCAGGACUCCUUAAAGUCUUACACAAACAGCUUUCUGCUAAAGGCACUGUAAGUAUUGCAGAACUGACGGAAAAAUGGAAAGACUUGUGCUUGCCAGAGGAGCAGCUGGAAGCUAUCCUGCAAUUGGACAUCUUUGAUGAAGAGGUGGAGUGGAUGAAGAUUCUGGCACUUGGGUGCAGCGUGCUUGGUGAGUCCUUGCUGAGUUCGAUGAAAUAUGCCUGCGAAAUUUUAACACAGGACCCAGAAGGUGGAGCAGCUCGCAUUCCCUAUGAAACGUUCUCAUUCCUUUACUGCUAUUUGGCAAGUAUCGAUGGAGACAUACCAGAUGAGAAAAUCAAAGCAUUCCUCCAAAAGAUUAAAGAAGACGCUGACCGACAAAGUGGCAUGGUGCUGCUCAGAAACUUUCUGAGCCAGCCCUCAACACAGUUUUGAUCAAGUCAGCUCUUCAGCACCAGCUGAGGGUGGAAAAAAGGAAGUAAAUACAAUACACAAAGAACCUCUUCUCCAGCACUCCUUUUUCUUCAUUCCAUUCUUGAAACUGUCUUUUAUUGGAGUGAAUUGAAUAUGUAGUUAUAUUGUUUUUUCACCUCUGAAAUACUGAAUGCUCACAGCUUGGGAGUGGUGCUUUCACUAAUUUGUUUAUACUGAAUGAAAUGUAAUUCAUGGAUCUUUCUACCUGGACUUAACAGAAAACUAAAUUUAGAGAAGACUGGAGAGGUACAGCUGGUCCAUUUCUUAAGUAAAAAGUGAUGAUUUUUUACUUACCCGUUUUUUACUUUGACAGAAGUGUAGCUUGUCUUUUGACUACCUUGUCUGCAUGAACUCUAUUAAACAUACGGUUUCACCAAGCGCUGCUCAACGACCAUGAAGAACCCAAGAUGGAGAAAAAAAAUAUCAACUAGACUAAUGGCAGUGGUUCCAUCUCAUUUGAUCUUUAAUUUGGACUCUUCAGAAUUUAAAUACCUUUCUUCAUUCCUCGAUGGUCUUUUACUUAGGUCCCCCUGCAGCCCACAGGCACUGCCCGGAGCAGAUCACCCCGCACAGCCACGGAGGAGGCCAAAAUGACAGUGCUAAGGAGUCCCCUCUCCUGGCACUUUGAAAAAUAAGGAAGGGUAGGAAAGAUGAAUCUAUGAUUUUGCUGUUGGCUUCCUUCAUAGAAGGAACAAGCCUGACUGUAGGAAACUGUUUGAGAAAUUAACAAAACUAGACAUCGAUAUAUUCUCACAGAAGUUAAGUGGAAUUCUCCUUUAUAACAUUACGCUGUGCCUGGGUGGCUAAAGUCUUAGUGUUUUUUAAAAACUUCCAUCACUGAUACUUUCAUGUUAGUAUACAGGAUGGGAACUUACUGGUUUCUUUACAUAAAUACCAAGAUCUGUCUACCUUAUGUUUGAAAAUGCCCGUCAAUAAUAUCAUAGAAACUAGUGGGGAGAGAUGAGGGCCAUCUCUAAGGAGAUGUCUGUCACCACCGUUGCCAGCUUGACAUUGAUCCUAAAUUUCUUUAAGCACGAGCGUAGGAACAGCAACAUGCCUGUUACUGUCCCUUAUCACUUUUUCAUUUACUGAAAGCCACUAGCUGCAGCUGAAGGUAACAGCCUUUUGGAGAACUCUGAAAUCUGCCCUCUCACCUUCGAUGCAUGCCAUAAUGUGACAGUAAGUGCUGUCUUUCUGGAACACUGUUCUCAGAGGUGACAGUGUCAGGUGGUAGACAGGAGGGGAGCUACCUUCAUCCCUUUCCAUUUGUAAUUGAUCCUGCUGCUGCAGGGCGCAGCCAUAUCCACCUUUAGAUACUACCCGUGGGCCAGGGCAGUAAAUUAGUACAGCCUCUCUCAGAUUCCAUUAGCCUUUGUUAAAUUGAACUCAAAAGGCUAAGAAAUCACUAUAAUUUAUUAAUAGAUACAUUAGUCUUAUACAUUUGUACAUUUUCUGACAUACACUGCUUCCAUCCUGCCAACCCUUGAACACUACCUGAUUUUCAGUCUGAACACAGCUGUGAGGCAACACCAGCAUUAUGUUCACAGCAUUACUGUCUCUGGCAUAACAGCAGUAACAAUACAUCCUGUGCAAGCAAUUCUUUGAACAAACAAACUCAUUAUGUUCUUGUUUCUACUUUCUUCUUUUAUGGCUGUGAUACUUGUCUUCUUCCCUGAAACAAGAAAACAAACACCGUGUGUGCUGUUAGACUUAAUGGAAUCUGAAGGAAUAAAAGUACCUGAAAAAAGAAA